AUCAUUCUGCACCGGGAUAAGCAUUUCAAAAGAUGGUAAAUCCAUCCAACGGCUAGAAUAAUUCAAAGAUUUAAAAAAGAAAAACAAGAAAAAAGCAUCUCGGCCCCGUUGCUUUCUCCGUCGGCAUCGUCUCCCAACCUUCCCCUUUUUAUACUUCUUCUCCGAAACCCUAGCCCUCAUCGAUUCCAUUCCUCUCCUCAGCUCGACGCCAUCUCCACCUCCGCCUUCCGAUCAUGGACCCCGGAUCAAACCCUGACGCCCCAAACCCCAAUCAAGAUCCCGCCCCGUCGGCGGCCGAUGCUGCUCCGCAGCCCUCUGACGCCGGCAUCGAAGCCAUUGCUCGGAGAGUCCAAGAAUCCUUGUCCCUCUCCGGUGUAUCUCGGCAUCGCUUCUGGGAAACCCAACCCGUCGGCCAGUUCCGCGAUCUUGGCGACACCUCCCUUCCCGAAGGCCCGAUCGAAGCUCCCACCCCGUUGUCCGACGUCCGCCGUGAUCCCUACAACCUCCCGGCACAGUACGAGUGGACGACCUGCGACAUCGACGAUGAUCACACCUGCACCGAGGUAUACAACCUUCUCACCCAGAACUACGUUGAAGAUGAUGAGAAUAUGUUUCGCUUCAAUUAUUCGAUGGAAUUCCUCCGGUGGGCUCUCCGCCCGCCGGGGUACUUCAAAUCUUGGCACAUCGGCGUCCGGGCCAAGGCUUCUCAGAAGCUAGUCGCUUUCAUCACCGGCGUGCCGGCGCGGAUCCGUGUUCGCGAUGAUGUCGUCAAAUGGCGGAGAUCAACUUUCUUGUGUGUCCAUAAGAAGCUCCGGUCUAAGCGUCUUGCGCCGGUCAUGAUCAAGGAGGUAACUCGCCGUGUUCAUCUUGAGAAUAUAUGGCAGGCUUCUUAUACCGCCGGCGUUGUGAUUCCGACCCCGAUCUCCACCUGCCGGUACUGGCAUCGGUCCCUCAACCCAAAGAAGCUGAUUGAUGUUGGAUUCUCCCGGCUUGGAGCAAGAAUGACGAUGAGCCGAACUGUUAAACUCUAUAAACUUCCUGAAUCUACUGUUACCAAGGGUUUCCGCAAGAUGGAGCUCCGUGAUGUCCCUGCAGUGACUCGGCUUCUGAAGGAGUAUUUGAGGCAGUUUGCUGUUGCUCCAGAUUUUGAUCAGGAUGAUGUUGAGCAUUGGCUUCUUCCUCUGGAGAAUGUAGUUGAUAGCUACUUGGUGGAGAGCCCAGAGACUCAUGAGAUCACUGAUUUUUGCAGCUUUUAUACCCUUCCAUCUUCCAUACUUAAUAACCCGAAUUACUCACUCCUCAAGGCUGCGUAUUCUUACUACAAUGUGUCGACAAAGACUCCGCUGCAGCAGCUGAUGAAUGAUGCACUGAUUGUCGCGAAGAAGAAUGACUAUGAUGUGUUCAAUGCAUUGGAUGUAAUGCAAAAUGAGUCUUUCUUGAAGGAGCUGAAGUUUGGACCGGGUGAUGGGCACCUGCAUUACUAUUUAUACAAUUAUCGGAUUAGGAAGGCCUUGCAUCCAUCGGAGCUUGGACUUGUUCUUCUUUAGAUUGCAUUUUCAAUAAUUGGUGGGUUCAUGUGGGUGACUUGGGGAAACAGUUAUAGUCUUUUGUUUGUUUCUCAUAUUUUGAUUUUGGAAGUUCUUUUCACCAUGUUUUGUUAGCAUUAGUGUGUUGUCCUUUGCGGAAAGGUUAGAGGUAUGCUCUCUUACCACGAUGAGUAGGCUUGAUGAGUUAUUAUUUGCCAAAGGUUAGGGUUUCGUUCUCCUACCGUGAUGAGCAGGCUUAAUAAGUUAUCAUUUGCCAAAGGUUAGGGUUGCGUUCUCUUAUCAUGCUGAGUAGGCUUGAUAUGUUGAAAGGCUUUGAUUUGAAUGGUUGAAAUUGAAGUAAAUUUUGGAUGUAUUACUGUGUUUUUCCUAGUUGAGACUUAUUUGCAUGCCAUUAAGGUUGUCAAUGUAUUGUUCAUGUCCUCAAUGUUGAUGUUCCAUUGAUGGGAGUAAAUUGGUAAGCAUGUUCAUUUUCUGUGC